AUGGCGGAACCUGAUCCCAACCGGAAGGCUUCUUCCAUCUCUUAUACGUACGACAACCUGACCGGAUGGAGGCGACUGCGUCCCUUGCGCCUCUUCCGGGGUAUGUAUCACGAUGUACGCCGUCGCCUGCCAUACUACUGGAGUGAUAUCCGUGAUGCCCUCACCUACCGCACCAUUGCUAGUACCAUUCGGAUGUACUUUGUCAACAUCCUCCCCGCCAUUGCCUACACGCUGGACAUGUAUCGCCGCACUGGCGAGUUCUACGGCAUCAACGAGGCGUUGUUCUCGUCUGCCUUGGCUGCCAUGGUCUUCAGCAUUCUAGGCGCCCAGCCACUCACCAUCGUCGGCAUCACAGGUCUCAUUUCCUUAUUCAACUACACGAUCUAUGAUAUUGUCGUCCAGUACGAGCCAGCCAUCUACCCAAACUUCAUGUGCUGGACCGCCAUCUGGGCUGCCAUCUUCCACUGGAUCGUCGCUGUCUGCAACCUCUGCGAUUACAUGCGCUAUGUGACGGACUUUUCGUCCGAGUCUUUCGGUGCAUAUGUGGGAAUUAUCUACUGCAUCAAAGGAGUGGAGGAGCUGGUGAACGAGUUCACUGAACAUGGCUCAACGGCCGGGUUCAUGAGCUGCAUGAUUGCCAUUUUAUAUUUCCUGACGAUAUACGGCCUGGAGAUGCUGGGAUCCAGCACGAUAUGUCGGCCGUGGUUCCGGGGGCUGCUCGCUGAUUACGCCUAUGUGAUCGGUACCAUCUUCUGGGUUGGUUUCUCGCACAUCCCAGGGAGCCUGAAAUCCACGCCAAUCUCUUUUGUCCCCAUCAGCCGGGCGUUCUACCCUACCCAGCCCCGCGGCUGGCUGAUUCAUUUCUGGGAGCUCGACGUCAAAUGGGUCUUUGCUGCGUUGCCUUUUGGGUUUCUGGUGAUGCUACUGUUCUACUACGACCAUAAUGUUAGCAGUCUCACCGCACAAGCGAGACAAUUCCCCCUGAAGAAACCGGCCGGGUUUCACUGGGACUUUUUCCUCCUUGGCUGCACGACGUUUCUGGCAGGAAUCACCGGUAUCCCCAUGCCGAACGGACUAGUUCCUCAGGCGCCAGUACAUACCGAUUCUCUCACCAUCUACGAAACCGAACUGUGCCUGGUCGCCACAGAAGAAGGGGAAGGCGCCGAGCUCCGUCGACCCAUAGUGAAAGCCACCGCCGUAGUGGAGCAGCGUGUCUCGCAUUUCCUCAUGGGGCUGGCCAUCAUCGGCACCAUGACGGGCCCGUUGCUGAUCGUGCUGCAUACCAUGCCUGCCGCCGUUUUUGCGGGCGUCUUCUUCAUCGUUGGUUGGGGUUCCAUCGAAUCAAACGGUAUCCUGCAGAAGACGAUCUUCCUCCUGCGCGAGAAUCGCUUCAUCCAGCGGGAUGAGCCGCUGUUGCGAGUAAAGCGGAGGAAGAUACUGCUGUAUAUCUCCUGUCAGGCGAUCGGCGUGGCUGCGUGCGUGGCUAUCUCGCAAACGAUUGCUGCCAUUGGCUUUCCCAUUCUCAUCAUCGCGCUGAUCCCUUUUCGUGUCUGGAUUAUUCCGAAAUGGUUCAGUCAGGAGGAUCUGGAUGUCUUGGAUGACUUAACGGCGAAUAACAGCGCCGUUUUGGCGAGCCUAGGUGGUCCUCCGCGAUUCCCUGGUGAAAAGGAAGAACACUACGGCUUGGAACGCAGCUACUCCGAGCAUAGAAGGGGGUCAUAUCGCCAACGUGCUGGGAGCAUUCAUCGCUAG